UAGUUACACUACACUGGUUCAUAACUAACGUAAAGUAAUUAACAUUUAUUCUGUUCUACAGACGUUUUAAUAGCAGUGCAAAUUUAUCCUGACAAAUAACGCAGUAUCAGAUAAAACUUCACACCAUAAACAUGGGUUUCAAGAAUAAAGUAGUAAUAGUGACGGGCGCUAGUUCUGGUAUAGGGGCAGCGGCUGCAAUUGCGUUCAGCGCUGCUGGAGCGCGUGUUGUCAUGGUUGGCCGUGACAAUACGAAGCUUAAAGCGGUGGCCGCGAAAUGCAACUACCCCCUGGUAAUCCUCGCUGAUAUUUCCAAAGAUGACGACGUCAAGCGUAUCGUCGACGAAACAAUAAAAACAUUUGGUCAAUUGGACAUCCUUGUCAACAAUGCCGGUUUUUCGAACGUGACUGGAUCGCUUCUAGAAGGGGACAUGAUGAAUUCUUACGACCCAAUUAUGAGCGUAAACGUUCGUGCCGUCGUUUACUUAACUAACUUGGCUGCGCCGCAUCUGGUGAAGACUAAGGGGAACGUUGUCAAUAUUUCCAGUGUCGCUGGUUAUUUGUCGCCAUUUGCACCAACUUCGAUAAGCUACUGUGUAUCUAAAGCCGCGUUGAACCACUUCACUAUUUGUGCUGCUACAGAAUUGGGGCCCCACGGUGUGAGAGUGAACGGGAUCUGUCCGGGACCGGUGAGAACCGAUUUUUUAGCGAACGCUAAAUACCCUAAUACAUGGGAUGAUGUAUCGAAGAUUACACUACUCGAUAGGGUCAGUGAAGCGAACGAAGUAGCAGAUUUGAUUAUGUACCUGGCAAGUGAUAAAGCUAAGUCGAUUACAGGAUCCAACCACGUCAUAGACUGCGGCACAAUGCUUAAACGCGCGUAAUUAAGUGUCUAGUAAAAUAACAACGUGUAUUAUAAUUUCAUAAUUUUAUUAAUUUUUAAACCGAUGUUUGAAUACACAAACUAAUAUACUGGCUAUUCAUUAUUGUAAUAUUUUAUAUAUUAAUACCAUUAAAACUUUGAA